AUGAACUCGGAUGAGAAAGCAUCAUUGAAAGAGCUCGAUGGGUGGAUUGAGCUACUAAACGAAUGCAAACAGUUACCGGAGAAUCAAGUUCGAACAUUGUGCGAAAAGGCUAAAGAGAUUCUUGCGAAGGAAUCGAACGUCCAAGAAGUCAAGUGUCCGGUCACCGUCUGCGGAGAUGUUCACGGCCAAUUUCACGAUCUCAUGGAGUUGUUCCGAAUCGGUGGCAGAUCACCUGAUACCAACUACCUAUUCAUGGGGGACUAUGUUGAUAGAGGGUAUUACUCCGUUGAAACCGUGACUCUGCUCGUAGCUUUGAAGGUCCGCUACAAGGACAGGAUAACUAUUCUGCGCGGUAACCAUGAAUCCCGUCAGAUCACACAGGUGUACGGAUUUUAUGAUGAAUGUCUUCGGAAGUACGGCAAUGCGAACGUUUGGAAGUACUUCACGGAUUUAUUCGACUACUUGCCGCUCACAGCACUUGUUGACUCGCAGAUUUUCUGCCUUCACGGGGGAUUAAGUCCGUCAAUUGACUCUCUUGACCACAUCAAAGCCCUCGAUAGACUCCAGGAAGUUCCUCAUGAAGGACCUAUGUGCGAUUUGCUAUGGUCAGAUCCAGAUGACCGUGGCGGCUGGGGAAUUUCUCCUCGUGGUGCGGGUUAUACUUUCGGGCAAGAUAUUUCCGAAACAUUCAAUCACUCGAAUGGGUUGACUCUGGUGGCCCGAGCGCAUCAGCUGGUGAUGGAAGGAUACAACUGGUGUCACGAUAGAAAUGUUGUUACGAUUUUCUCGGCUCCCAAUUACUGCUACCGUUGUGGGAACCAAGCUGCUAUCAUGGAACUGGACGACUGCCUGAAGUACUCUUUCUUGCAGUUCGAUCCUGCUCCCCGUCGUGGAGAGCCGCAUGUUACUAGGAGGACCCCUGAUUAUUUCUUGUGA